AUGGAGCUGUCUAGUGCUGCGGGCGCCUUGCGCACACUCAAGAACCGGCCAAAAGUCCCUCAAAGCGCUGUGGACACGGCGCAAGCUAUUUUGCACAUUCUACUUCCUUCAGAUCCAGUCUCCGUGUGCACUGACGAAGCAACGCGCCGUGAGGGACUGCAGCAGGAACUACAGACUCUACUUUUGUAUGGUCGCGAGCGCUGGGAACCGCUUGCUGUGUUUUUUGUCGUCGUGCGGGACAUUUUGGGUCGGUCCGUCGACAUUUGUCCGAAUCCGGAUAAACCUGUCGACGAGGUUUUUUUCGGUCAAUGUCUAAAAUUAGAGACUCCGCACGUUGUGUCCACGACUUUAUCGGAGACUUUCGUGACGCAAACAAUCAAGCACGCGGUGCAUCAAUACUUGGAGUACUAUGAGCCGCGAGUUCGCAUGGCAAUUGCCACUUUGCUCGGUGUUUUAGCCAAGUGGGACCUCGCGUGGGUCUCGCACACGUUUUUGCCGCAACUCGUGGACUCGAUCGAGGCAAAUCUCAGUCGCUCACCUGAGUUUGAAGACACUGGAUUCGACGAAAUGGAUGAUAACAUCAGUACGAAUGGCAUGACGACACCGCCGCUAUCUCCCUCGGGUCAAGAGACGACGCCACGGACGCCAUCGACGCCUUAUCGACUGGACGACGUGAGCGGCUGGAAAGCACUGGAGAGUUCGUUGUGUGCACUCAAGUACAUUAUCAAAGCAAGUGGCCAAGCGUUCCUGGAAAAAGACAAGACACAAGUCGGAGACGAGGGGCACGAGUUUGUCUAUUUGACGCCGUCGCUCGUGACUCUUGUGGCAACCAAGAGCUGUUUUCAUAUAAAUCGCCACGUGCGAGUCGUGGGGCUUGACACGGUCACAGUACUCGCGGAUAUUGCUCCUGUGGGGUUCCUAGAAGCUCAUCGUCCGACUGUGAGCGACAUCUUGAACAAGUGCAUCAAGCGCGGCCUGGAGGACAAUUGGUGCCAAGUGCGCUACGCUGCGUCAAUCGCAGCACGCAUGUUUUUGCUGAAGUUGCAGGAUCAGGGAAGGAAGGCGUAUUUGCCUAUCUUGCUCCCGAGACUGUGUCUGAAUCGCUAUUACAUUGCCGAGCGCGUGCAAAAGUACUCACAAGAGUCGUGGACAAUGAUUGUGGGUACCCAUGGGCGCGAGUUAGUCGCCACGUAUGCCAACGAGAUUGUGGACUAUUACGUGGAGAUGACGAGCCACUGUGUCCGCGAAUCGGCGUGCCAGUGCAUUGCCGAACUCGGGAUGAAAGUUGAUCCGACAGCGAUUCGCCCACACGUUGGCCGUCUUAUGCAGGCUCUCCUCAUUUGCUUCUACGAUGUUUCGAAUUUAGUGCGUGACGCAGCGUGCCUGGCUUCAGCACAGCUGGUGCUUGGUUUUCCUGAGGAGUGCCGUCCGUUCCUCGAGGAGUUAUACCGCUUGUGGAUUGACCAUCUUUCAGAUUACGUUUGGUCCGUGCGCGAAGACGCUGCUAUUGCUCUUGGUAAUGUGAUCCGUGCAUAUGGCAAAGAAGCACUUGACCGCGUGGUCGAUGUCACUCAAGAGUACUUGCCGCUGGCGGAGAAGCAGCCGGCCAUGACACAGCUAGAGUACGAUGAAUUGAUGCGGUCGGAAAAGAAGCACUUGAGCAAGCAGGCUUUCUCUUGCUGCUCACUAGAGCCUAAACUGUUCGAACGCCACGAACACCGUGAGAAGGAACCGUGGGAGUACACUGACGGUGCGAUUUACAUGGUGCGGGAGCUUUGCAGUGUGGCUCCCGACGUUGCUGUGAAAUAUCUGCCGCAAGUCGCGGACAUUGCGAUUCUUCGUCAUUUUCCUCAAACAGCUGUCCUGCAGGAAACGAUUUGGAAACAGCUGCCUGUUAUGUGCGAGACGUUGGGCAAGAAGGUGUUCAAGCGAUACCUCGAGCUAUUCUUCGACCCUCUGGUCUUUACGCUCCAGGGCACGAACCGUCUCGCAACGUUCGCUGCCCGUGAUUGUGUCGCACAAAUCAGUAAACAGAUUGGACCUAGCAUCUUUCUGGGCCGCCUGGAUGCGAACGCAGCGUGGAAAGAGGUUUUGGGUCCUGUUGUACCGGUGCAGCCGUACAUGAUGAAGUAG